AUGUACGUGUCGCGGAUGUCCAAGUACGGUCUGCACCCAGACCGCCAGCACCGAUUCGAACCCUCAAUUCCCUCGGUCGGCGAUGAGGUCCAUGUCUUCUGCUCUCUCUCAGCCUCCCGUCCGAACCAGAUCCACACCUCCGGCCCCUCUGAGACUUUCAUCCAGGAGGGUGGCAGGAAACCUGCACCGCCACCCGCAGGCAGAUCCAUUCUGGAUGGAGGUGAGAACGGGGGCGGCAGCGGACGACCGUCGCAAAGUCACCCGACGCGCACCCCCUCGCUCAUCAGCUCGGACCGAGGAGAAGAAGAGGAGGAGGAGGAGGAGGAAGAUGGCGAGGAAGGAGGCAGUGGCGUGAUGGAGGUGCUCGGUCGAACCGUCACCUCGGAAGUGGUGCCGACCUGUGUUCCCUUUGGGAUGAGUAAACGAGAGAAGAACAGGAUUACGUGUCUGAGGAGGAGGCGGAGGAGGAAGGAGAGGUGGAGACACAGCCAACUGCAGGAGAGCCGACAGAGUUCAACGGGGAACCCGUCGAGCAGCAGCGGCAGCGAGGAUGAUGACGUGAGCGCCGGGGACAAAGAAGGUUACAUCUGCGCUGUGUGUCUGGAUGUGUACUUCAGUCCGUACAUGUGUCAACCCUGCAACCACAUCUUCUGUGAACCCUGUCUGAGGACGCUGGCGAAGAACAGCCCCACCAGCACCCCCUGCCCCCUCUGCCGAACAAUCAUCACUCAUGUGUUCUUCCAGAAGGAGCUAAACCAGACAGCCAGGACGUUCUUCCCAAACGAAUACCUUUUCCGGAAACAGAACUUCCAGAAAGCCAGUUGUGCAAAGUGGCCUCUCCCAAGCUGCCGAAAACUCUUCCGUAUCUUUGGAGGCUUGCAGAGGCAAUCCAGUCCCGUUGCUAGACGCCAGUUCCCCCACGGAGAGGGCUACCGUCUGGACCAUCUGGACUUUGAGGAUGACUCUCGAGGCUGGCGCUUUGACAUGGACAUGGUCAUCAUCUACAUCUACUCAGUCAACUGGGUUAUUGGCUUCUUAUUAUUCUGCUUCCUCUGCUACCUCUUCUUCCCUUCUUUUUGACAGCCGAGGCAAUUAUGAAGGUGCAACGUAGAAAGAGGAGGGGUUGAGGAUACUAAAGGACAAAAGUAAAGUCAGGAAUGAAAGAUGAAGCAGAGGGCAGGCGAGUACACACAUGUACAGUAUAUAUAUAAAUAUAUAUAUAUAUAUAUAUAUAUAUAUAUAUAUAUAUAUAUAUUUAUAUAUAUAUUUAUAUAUAUAUAUUUAUAUAUAUAUAUAUUUAUAUAUAUAUAUAUGAGAAGACAAAGAAUUAAUUUUAACCAGGUUGAAUAAUGCGGUAGAAGGAAAUUACAAGAGUGUGCCAGCUUGUUUUCUCUUAUUAAUAAAUAAUUGAAAUGGGUAAAUAUUGUAAUAUUUGGUUUGGGAUUAAAUUGUUCUCCGUCUCCACAUGUUGCACAUUAAAUGUGGGUUGAACAACAUGUCUUGUUCCAGCAUUGAGGGGAGUUCAUAAUACAUGUAUACCAUAUCAUGGUUUGUUGUGAUUUCAACACAAUACAAUCUGUUAUUGCUUAACAUUUUAAAUAACACUACAGUCAACUGGAUUACUCACAGUCCUGUUGCUUUUAAUGACAUACAAAUUUCACGAUCAAUUUUCUCAAAUCGCUUAACAAUAUAAAGAUUAUUAUUUAUAUUUGUAUCUAAUUUAAAUUGUUGGACCGUGCUUGUUUUGCUUUUGCCCAAAACCCCAAACCCAACAUUUCAGUACUAUCACAGGUGCGAUAAUAGGACAAUAAUGUGAUGUCAAUCCUAGUUUAUUAAUAAUAAUAACAAUAAUAACAAUAAUAACUAAACCACAUUAAAACUGAAAAGACUAUAACACGAGUGAGCACUUUUUGGAUGGAUCGUCAUGUUUAUGCUUCCUCUGAAAACUUCAUGAAAUGAAAGAUGUUCUCUUUGGUUGAACCCACAGGUGUUUAUUGUUUUAUGAACCACUUCAUUCCCAUUUACGACCAUAUCCAUGCAAAAAAAUAAUUACUUUUAAUUAGCACUUAUGUUAUACCAUACAGUAUGUCUUGCUAGAUGUCUCUAAUUUGCUAUUUUCCAAUGAUAAGGAACUUUUUGUUUUUUAUUGUUCUUAAGCACCCCCUGGAGGGAAUGUUUGACUAAGUCGCUGUAUUUUAUAACCAAUACCAUUUAUAUAGUCACACCUACUAUAUGUACAUGGCUUUUGAAAUUGAUAUAUACAUUUGAAGUGAUUUCAAAUAUGUUUGAGCCAAAUAAAUUACUUUAAUCUUGA